GUUUUUCAUUUUUAUUUUAGCUAUUUUUUAGGUAAAUUAAUUUAAUUCACAUAUGAAUGUAUAUCAUAAUUUAUGUGCGCAUAUUUCUGGCAUUACUAAAACGAAAGCUUAUUUAUAUGUAUAAACUGAAGCAUUUAAAGAAAUAAUAAAGAAUGUCGAUGUUGCCAUGUUUAAGUUAAAUGUAAAGGUUUACAUUCUUAUUGACAACGGUUAAAGUGGAUUUGGCAUCGAAAAGAAGAAAACAACAACAACAAUAACAGCUACAGCUACACUGACAAUUUCGACUAAACGCAGGGAUGCAAGUAUCAGUGUGACUCAGACUGUUUUUUUUUCUAUAAUUACGAUGGAGCUGUUCGCCUACAUUUUACCUUCCAUACUACAAUGGCUGUGCAUAUAUGGCACUUCUGCGGCAGACGUCCUGUACGGAUUGCAUUCUGACGAACUCAAAUCCGGUGCACUUAUCGUUCCAAGGCGUGUUAAUGAACGUGGAGAAUUCCUGACUCACGAUUUGGCCUAUCGCCAUGACCAAAACUAUCGCUCUGAACAUAGCCGUCGUCGUCGAAAUGUGGCUAAAAGUAUUGAAAAAGUACACUACAGACUGGAUGUGGAAAAUCAGACUAUACAUCUUGAAUUAGAACCACACAGUUAUUUUAUGGCACCGAACAUGGUUAUCGAGAGACAUCGAAGAGAUAUUCGGACUCGUCAAAUGGCUAUAAAAGGCACCGACUGUCAUUUUCAUGGCAAAGUGCGAGGGCAUUUCGAGUCAAAUGUAGCGAUAUCCGCAUGCGAAGGAUUGGUCGGUCACAUUAAAACAAAAAAUCAUGAAUACUACAUUGAACCCUCGAAAAACGGUCACGCUGACACAGUAAAUGGGCGUCCCCAUGUACUAUUUAAUAGAUCAUCUUUAAAAGUAAAGAAGCAGAACAUUAGUAAAUCAAUAAGCAAUGAGAACCACAAACAAAAACAAAAGCAACGAGAGGCGCUCAUCAGCAAUUGCGGUACUAAGGAGCCCAAGUUACAUAGCGAAACACGGCUGGAAUGGCACGCGCAGGGAAAGGUCAAAAUUCAAGGUGGUAGAAAAUUGCGACAACAAAAUGUACACCAAAGAAUAAAACAUCAGCAUCAGCAUCGACACCGACAUCUCCAUAAACAUGAACAUCAUCAGCAACAACGACAACAACAUAAAAACUCAUUGCAAAAUAUGCUAAAGCGACGUCAUCGGAAGUAUCAUCAACUAUCUGAACCGCCAUCGCAGCAGUCACCGCCGAAUGCAGAAAUGGAAUUCAAAUAUGAGACUGCAACAGAUGAGAUUAAAGCGAUCAGCGGCAACAAAACUGAUUUCUUCAUUCCCUCUCACUUCGUUAAGCAAAAUAGUGAGGCCGCCACAACAACAAGCACCAACAACAUUGCCGCCAACGUUCAGAACAACAACAAUAGAGACGACGACAAUAAACAAAGUUUAAAUAUGGGAAACGGAAAACGCACAAAACGUUCAAUUAGCAGCCCACGUCAUGUGGAAGCGUUAAUAGUGGCAGAUGCAACGAUGGUCGCCUUUCAUCACAAAUUGGAGACAUAUCUCCUAACCAUAAUGAAUAUGGUAUCGGCGCUGUACAAGGAUCCCAGCAUUGGCAAUUCAAUUGAGAUUGUCGUCGUCAAAAUGAUUUUGCUGGAAGAGUACGAAGCGCAUCCAGAUCUUAAUCUGACGCAAAAUGCCCAAAAGAAUUUGGAUACAUUUUGUAGCUGGCAGCACAAACUGAAUACAGUCAAUAAAGACGAUACAUAUCAUCACGAUGUUGCCAUUCUCAUAACAAGGACGAAUAUAUGUGGCAACAAUUGCAUGACUCUCGGAUUGGCUAAUGUGGGUGGCAUGUGCAAGCCGAAGCAGUCCUGCAGCGUCAACGAGGAUAAUGGUAUCAUGCUGUCACAUACAAUCGCACAUGAACUGGGACACAAUUUCGGCAUGUUCCACGAUACCGCAAAAAUCGGAUGCCAUCCUCGAAUCGGCUCAAUUGUUCACAUAAUGACUCCGACUUUUGGGGCGGAUACCUUGCAAGUUAGCUGGUCGAAUUGCAGUCGGAAAUAUAUUACACAAUUUCUCGACCAGGGGCUAGGCAAUUGUUUAGAUAAUACACCAACUGCGGUAAAAAAAUACGUUUACCCUGCUCUACCUCCCGGAGUACUUUUCGACGCCGAGCGGCAAUGCCGGUUGCAGUUCAAUCUUACGGACUCCGACCUCGAUGCGUCAUCGUGUACGUCCAUGAAUGAAAUCUGUUCGGCUUUGUGGUGCAGAGUGAAUGGCGAAUGCGUAACGAAUAUGCGGCCGACGGCACCGGGAACCAGUUGUGGUGAUGGAAAGUGGUGCCAGAAUGGCAAGUGUGUGCCUAUUGAGCAAGCUUUGCCCAUUAACGGCAAUUGGGGCAAUUGGUCUCAGUGGAGUGAAUGCUCGAGAACUUGCGGUGGAGGCGUGUCUACGCAAAAACGGGAAUGCAACAAUCCGGUUCCGGCGAAUGGGGGUCUCUUUUGCAUCGGUGAGAGAAAAAGAUAUAAAAUAUGCAACUAUCAACCAUGCCCGGCGGGGGAGGUCAGUUUUCGAGCAAAGCAAUGUUCAAAGUAUGACAAUGUGUGCUAUCAGGGUGGAACUUAUAAAUGGCAACCAUUUUUCGAUAAAAAGAACCCGUGCAAGUUGCAGUGUACUGAUGUCGACGAUACGAUUAUAGCAAACUGGGGUGAAAUGGUGGCAGAUGGGACUCCUUGUCGCGUUGGCACCAAUAAUAUGUGCAUCGAUGGAAUUUGCAAG